AUGGCUUUCAACAUGAAAUCCUCCUUUCUCAGCCUCUCAGUGUUACCACCACACAUUCUAACAAGAUUAGAAGAAAAAAAUCUUACUGUAGAUAAGCUGAAAGAUAUGAGGAAAGAUGAAAUAGUGGCCUCCGAUGCGGCGCAACGUGAAGAGGCGAAGAGGCGCCGGCGCCGGCCCCGCCACACGGCCGCCUGGGGCGGCGGCUUUAGAGCGGGAGGAGGGGCCGGGCUGGAGGCGCGGGAGGAGAAGGUGGUGUACUCCCGGUCGCAACUCCUGGCCGACAGCACCAAGGCGCUGGGCGAUGCCUUCAAGCUGUUCAUGCGCAGCACGGAGUUCAUGAGCUCCGAUGCGGAGCUCUGGAGCUUCCUCUGCAGCCUCAAGCACCAGUUCUCCCCGCACAUCCUGCGCAGCAAGCACGUCCACGGCUACGCCUCCUGCCAAGCCCUGGUGCGACCCCCGGAGCCCCCUACCUCCCGCGGCCUGACGCGCCGGCCGGCUGCGCGCCGGGAGGCCAGGAGGAGGCGCCGCGGAGCCCGGGCGACUGCCGCGGGCAGGAGGUGGCCCCGGCUGCCCCCGCCGCCUCCACCGUCACCGCCACCGCUGCUGCCGCCGCCGCCGGCGGGCCCCGAGGAGUCCUGCCUGGAGAAACUCUCGGCGCCCGAGCCCUGCUUCGGGGGCCGCACCCUGGAGGAGACCUGGAGGGCAGCCACCCCGACGCUGACCACCUUCCCCACCAUCCGCGUAGGCGGCGACGUGUGGGGCGAGCGCAGCCUGGCGGCGGCGCGAUGCAAGGCGCGCCAAGUCCUGCGAGUGGACCUGGAACCCGUGGUGAGGCUCCACCGCUUCCCGGUGCCCCGGGCUUGAGACGCCGCCCCGAGGGCGCCUCCUGCAGGUCCCAGGCCCAAGAUAGAGUUUCUGCUUGGAGAAAUGAACAAGUGUCAGUCGAGUGUUUACAGACUCCACCAGGACCGUCCCCUAGUGCACUUUAGGCGUGCGAGGAAGUCCCGGGAUGGCCUCCCUACCCAGCGCCCCCGGGAUGCGUCCCCGCAUCUGGAACUCCGGGACAGGUGUACCCUCUGCCGCCUCCCCGCACCGCGUCUGCGAAGGAGGAGACUGCAGGACUCACAGGGGAAGUCCCUUUGCUUCCGAACCCCAGAUUGAGAAGUCUCCAGGACUAUAGGGGCAGAUUGGUUUUCUCCCUUUCGGACUCUACCUCACUGGUCUGGAAGUCCUCCGAAGAAGUCAUUCUUUUCCAAAGGAAUUUGUUUUCGUGCUUGUGUAAUAAAAGCCAGAAUUUGCUUGCUCUUUAA